CAAGGCUUCAUUCACUUGCUGAUCUGUGCACAAGGGUGUUUGAUGAAAAACUUUAAACACAGAGGUGAGAAACUGUAGCAAGCUGAUACAUGACCACGAGAUCUGACAGCCAGAAACUUCAAGACUGCACUUCACGCUGCAAAUUACUUUAGUGUGAGCAUGAAUCAUUUUAGCAUGUUGUCUAAGUUCACAGAAGUGAAGGCAGGGACACUACAGGGACAUUUAUAUAUAGGGACUUUUUUUAUUAUUAUUAAUUUAUUUAUUUAAUUUUUUCAAUCAAUAGAUAUCACAGUCAAUCUUUUUCCAGUGAAUUACUGAUAUUAUUGCAAGUGUUUUUUUUUUGUUUUGUUUUUUUUGCAUUGGAACUUGCAUGUAUUUAUGCAAAUGAAGCAUUAUCUAAUUAAAUAUGUGUAAAUCUGCAUAUUUUAUAAAAAAAGUAGUCUUAGAAUUAAAAAUUACAAAGAAUUUCCCUGAAAGUACAUUCUUUAGAGAAAGAUGUUUACAACGCAAUUGGAAAAAAGCUUUUCUUUACUGUUUCAUCAAGAAAACACCAGUGGCUGUCAUAAAAUAAUAAUAAUAAUUAAAAAAACAUUUUUAAUGACAUUUUUAAUGACAUGUAUCAGAAUAAAUUUUAUCAAACACCAAACAGUAAUCAACCAGGAAUUUUUGUUUCUAAAUGGGGCAGGCACUGUUCUGAACAGAUCUUAAGAAAUAUGAGUUUAAAGUUCCCUGAAAUGGGAGUUCCACUGAAACAGGACCACGUAGCAUUAUUCCCGCCAUGAAACACCUAGCAUUAAUCAAUGUGUUUGCAUAAUUUCCACUGAAACAGGACGUCAUGGCAGGAUAUAUCGAGUGGCCCCACACCCUUUUUUACAUAGCCAGUAGCGUUUAGCGUACCUCACAGCCAAGAAACUUACAACUGUUGGGGGCGGGACACUUCAGAUUCUAGAGAGCAUUUGAUUGGACAGAAGAUCUGAUGAGAAGCCGAAGUGCAGGUUAAUGUCCUCUAAAUUGUUGAUCCCUACUGGUGGUAGAGAGAGACUGUACAUUUUGAAUGCAUAGGCUAUAAUCUUCUAAAUGUGGAUUUUGUCAUUGUUUUGGAGCACACUAGCUUUUAGAUAAACUUAAGGCUGACAUAUUCAUACUAAAAGCCACAAAACUUCCAUUUUGAUUUUAUGGGGACUUUAAAGGUGCAUAAGUGGCACACAUAGGAAGGCUGUCAUCCAAAAGCUCAGUGCUCUUCCUGUGUGAUAUGCAAGAGAAGUUCAGACCAACAAUUUUCCAGUUCUCCAAUAUUGUGAGUAAUGCAGCAAGACUUCUACAGGCUUGUCGGAUCCUGGGUAUUCCCCCAAUCUUGACUGAGCAGUACCCUAAAGGCCUGGGUCCAACUGUGUCCGACUUAGGCGCAGAGGACCUGAAGCCCCACACUAAAACCCGCUUCUCCAUGCUAACAGAGAGCGUAGAGAACGAGCUUAAAAGCCUGGGGAGCCCCAAGCAGGCCAUACUGUGUGGCAUUGAGGCCCAAGCCUGCAUUGCUUGUACAACAUACGAUCUUCUGGACAGAGGUAUGGAGGUACAUAUCGUCGCAGAUGCUGUCUCAUCUCGGAGUCAGACAGACCGGCUGUUUGCCCUCUCACGCCUAAAGCAGAGUGGAGCUUUUCUCACCACCACAGAGGGCGUAAUGCUGCAACUUGUACAGGAUGCCAAGCACCCCAACUUUAAGGAGAUCCAGAAGCUUUUAGCACAUCCUUCUCCAGAUACUGGUCUCAUCAACUUCUUCAGCUCCCUGUAGGAGGAACCACACUACACCAUCAACAGAUGUCUCAUAGAAGAAGACGACAGUUUCACUAGUCAUUGAAUUAUUUAGAUUUUGGUCAGAUUUAAAAUUAUGAUUAUUUUCUUUGUUUAAUCUUUCUCAUAGGAGUUAGAGAAUGUUUUGUGUAUGCAUUGUUGUUAAUACAUGAAUAAAUGAAGAUGGUCCAUACAGA